UUUUAUCCAGAUGGAAAUGUAAACAGAGAAAAUCGAUAAAGAAGCACUGUUUCCCUCUCCAUCGCUGCAACUCUAUCUCUCGGUAACGGAGUAAUCGUGAACGACGCCGUUUUGAAUUUCGUCAUCUACGCCUUUGGGCAACCCAGACUUCAGUGGGAGCUCAUGGCUUCCAUUCAUUCUAAUUUCAUCCCCAAUUUGUCCUUCAAUCGCUUCCAGGCACCACCAUCAGCGUAUCUUGUUGGUGCUGGUAUUGUGCAACCUGGAGUUAUUUUAAGCAAUUAUUGUAGAAGAAAGAGGUUUCCUUGCAUAAAGUGCGAAAAGGAAGAUGAGGAGCACAUUAAGCAUGUAUCAGUGGAGCGGCCACCCUAUAGCAGUUACUUUGACUCCACCUCCGGCGAGCUCGAGCCGGCCUCCGGCGCCCGAGCGAGUAUUCCCAGUCAGGAGUAUUGGCCUGAGGGAACUGCCAGUCGUGUGAGAGCUGCAAGGGCACCUGCUCCAACUGCUGAAUCAUCAACUUCUCCAUCUUAUGGAGCCAAGCCUGGAAGUAGGAGGAAGAACUACAAGGCAUCUGUUCCUGCUGCUUCUUUUUCUUCUGAGCCCGUUGUUGAAUUUACUGGUGAUGGGUCUGGCUCUUCCGAGCUUUUGGUUGAGUCUUCUGAAGAUUCUCAGGAUCACUCGUCUGACUUUGUUGUUUAUCAGUCUGAACCCGUGGAGGAAGAAUUGAGUGAAUAUGAGUUCAAUAAGAGAGUUGGCCUUCCUCAUCCGUUUGUUGAUCCAAAGGCUAAAAAGCCGAUAGAGGGGGUGCUUCCCAAUGAGGAGCUGUGGUGGAAUUGGCAACAGCCGGAGAAAGAACAAUGGUCCAGGUGGCAAAGGAGGAAACCUGAUGUUGAAACGGUUUUCCUGAAAGCUAUGGCAGAAACUGGUCAAAUAAAGCUUCACGGCGAAGAACCGACAUUAACAGAAACUGCCCUUUAUCGAGCAAGGCGCGAAAUUUAUAAAGAAGAAAGGCUUCAGGCUGAGCAAGAAAGACUGGAAAGAGACGGUCCAAUUGCAUACUAUUCAGAAUGGGUGAAAGCAUGGAAAAGGGACACAUCUCGCGAAGCUAUUCAGAAACAUUUUGAAGAGACUGGAGAAGAUGAAAAUACACAACUAAUUGAAAUGUUUAGCCACCAAACUGAUCGAGAGUACCGCGUAAUGAUGGGGACUGAUUAUCGAAUACAAAGGGAUCCUUUGGCAAUGCGAAUGAGGGAAGAUCAGAUAAAGCAAAUAUGGGGCGGAGAUCCAGUUUACCCGACUGUGAACUAUAUUCAAGAUCCAAAUGAAGUGAUUGACUACAGGGGGCCAAAUUUUCAUGAACCAACACCAAAUAUGGUGGCUUAUCUGAAGGAGCAUGGAAAACUCAUAUCAAGGGAAGAAUUUGAGAAGAAUAUGGCCGAUGAAAAGACUGAACAAGUUGAGAUGACGGACAUGGAUGAAGCUAUGGCCAAAGCUGUUGACAUUGGGGAAAAUGAUGAUGAAGAGGAGAGUGAUGUUGAGGAGGUAGAGGAAGAGGGGGAAGAGAAGCUUAGUGAUUAUUGGAGUGUUUUGAAAAGUACUCCUGAGCUUCGCAAGUCAAAGCCAAAGCCAAAGAAAGAUGGUCCUAUGUCACUGGAAGAAGCUGUAGGCGAUUCAGAAAACUUGACUGACUUCCUCAUGGACUUUGAAGAAGAAGAAUGACAUGCAUCCUUUGUUCCAUGUCAAGUGGAGUAUUGUGUUGCUUUGUAGACAGAACAGAAGGUUUGGUUGUUAGUCUUCCUUGUCGAUUUCUAUAUUGUUAGAGUGGAUGAUGGCCAAUGCGAUUAUAGUUAGAGUGAGAUUCUGAUUCAAGGGUUCUAGUUUUUGUUAAGCACUUGUUCCAUAGACAUGUCUACAUUAACAAUUUUGAUAUCCCUCUUCAUACGGAACUUAGUCGAUAAAUUAACUAGGGAGGUGACCAAUCCAAUAUAUUAAACAUAUUGGUGCAUUUUGUAGCUUUGGUGCAAAAUAGAUAUGUGAAGUCACAUCUUCUUUCUCAAGUAGUUCAUAUUACGAUGUCCUCCUUCAUUGAGAUUUACGACCUCCCUCAGAAUUUGGCCCAAGGCAUGUACAUAGACUUUAGAUUUGGUUGCAUCAAUGUAUAUGGGUCCAGCACUUUUGUUUGAUC